GGCUGUGCUGGGCCAGUUUCCUGCAGAGGCCAAAUGUCUCAAGAAAAACCCCAGGAGUGCGUGCAGCCUGUGGAGCCCGUGGAGCCCAUGAAGCCUGCGGAGCCCAUGGAGCCCAUGAAGCCUGUGGAGCCCAUGAAACCUGUGGAGCCCAUGGAGCCUGUGGAGCCUAUGGAGAGUAUGGAGCCCAUGGAGCCCAAGGCCAACGCUGCCCCAGAGAAGACCAGUGACUACUACCGCGUGAGCAAGCAGUUGCCGGUCAGGUUCAACCAUCCCGAGUGGUUUCGGGGCUACAGGAUCAAGGGCCAAGUCUCUCUGUACAGGACCAGUAACCAGACUUAUGGGAGCAGAGCACCUACCGUACAUGAGAUGCCGAAAGCAUUUUAUCACAGCAACUUGAAAAGGAACUAA